AACCAAUAACAUUCCUCCGUCGGUGUCCUAGUUCCAUUACAGCAGCACACGGACCACAAGCUAUUAGUUUCGGUAGAAUUUGCAAAGCUUCCACCGGACUCGGGCUAAGCCAACGUUACUGCAUUAAAUAAGCAUAAAGCUAAUAUAAUUUGAAAUACCAAGAUAUAUACAUCAACAUAUAUUGUCUAACGUUAUACAUUUUUGGGGGAAACUGACAAAGGAGGGCGGCCAAGCGGCGGAGCUACUAGGAAGACAAACCGGCAAACAAAGAGAUCCUUUUUUGACGUCAAAAUUUUUCCUCAAUAUUCCUUAGUUAUGAGUCAUGUGGCCGUCGAAAAUGUACACGGUCUAGAACAGCAGCUUGCUGUUCUGGACUUGGGUUCUAUUGACGGUCAGGGUGGAGGCACUGGCAGGCGUUACAUUCCACCUCAUUUACGGAACAAAGAGGCUGCCAAAAAUGACUCCCCUGGAGGGUGGGACGGUGGACGCAGCAACGGCUUCGUGAACGGUUAUCACGACAACCGCAUGAAUGGCGGGAAUGGCUUCGGGCGCGGCCCCCCUCGCAUGGAGAGGGGGCGGGGCGGUGGGGGGGGUUACCGCGGGAACAGGGGUGGGGCCUACAACCCCAUCCAGCCCAUGCAGACGGUGGGGUUCGGCGGGUACGAAAACAAAGAUGGCGGCUGGACCACGGCCAAGGAUGCCUACACGAGCUUCGGGGGCAGAGCCGACAGGGGGAAGUCUGCCUUCUUCAACGACCGCGGCUCCGCUUCCAGAGGAAGGUACGAGCGCGGAGGGUUCAGCGGCGCGGGGAACAGCCGCUGGGUGGAGGACAGCAGGGACGACGAGGACUGGUCCAAACCCAUCCCCCCCAACGAACGCCUGGAACAUGAGCUGUUCUCCGGAAGCAACACGGGUAUUAACUUUGAGAAGUACGACGAUAUUCCUGUUGAGGCCACAGGCCAGAACUGUCCACAUCACAUCGAGAGCUUCCAGGACGUGGCGAUGGGGGAGAUCAUCAUGGGGAACAUCGCUCUGAGUCGCUACACGCGCCCCACCCCCGUGCAGAAGUAUGCCAUCCCCAUCAUCAAGAACAAGAGAGACCUGAUGGCCUGCGCCCAGACAGGCUCUGGUAAGACUGCAGCCUUCCUUCUCCCUAUGUUGAGUCAGAUCUACACUGAGGGACCUGGAGAAGCACUCGCUGCUGCCAAAGCUUCAGGACAGGAGAACGGGAAGUAUGGGAGGCGUAAGCAGUUCCCCAUCGCGCUGGUCCUGGCCCCCACCAGAGAGCUGGCCCUGCAGAUCUACGAGGAGGCCAGGAAGGUCGCGUACCGCUCUCGUGUGCGUCCCUGCGUGGUCUACGGAGGAGCAGACAUUGGCCAGCAGAUCAGAGACCUGGAGCGAGGCUGCCACCUGCUGGUGGCCACGCCCGGACGCCUGGUAGACAUGAUGGAGAGGGGCAAGAUCGGCCUGGACUAUUGCAAUUACCUGGUGCUGGACGAGGCUGACCGCAUGCUGGACAUGGGCUUUGAGCCUCAGAUCAGACGCAUUGUGGAGCAGGACACCAUGCCGCCCAAGGGCCUGCGACAGACCAUGAUGUUCAGCGCCACUUUCCCCAAGGAGAUCCAGAUCCUGGCUCGUGACUUCCUGGAGGAGUACAUCUUCCUGGCGGUGGGGCGUGUGGGCUCCACCUCAGAGAACAUCACCCAGAAGGUGGUGUGGGUGGAGGAGAAUGACAAGCGAUCCUUCCUGCUCGACCUGCUCAACGCCACAGUCAUUCCCAGCGAGGCUCAGGAUAAUGCAGUUGAAAACAUAGAGAAACCCGGAAAGGACUCCCUGACGCUGGUGUUUGUGGAGACCAAGAAGGGAGCUGACGCCCUGGAGGACUUCCUGUACCGCGAGGGCUACGCCUGCACCAGUAUCCAUGGAGACCGUUCCCAGAGAGACCGAGAGGAAGCGUUGCAUCAGUUCCGUUCAGGACGAUGCCCCAUCCUGGUGGCCACAGCGGUGGCAGCGAGGGGGUUGGACAUCUCAAAUGUGAAGCACGUCAUCAACUUCGACCUCCCCAGUGACAUCGAGGAGUACGUCCACCGCAUUGGACGAACCGGACGCGUGGGCAACCUGGGUCUGGCCACAUCGUUCUUCAACGAUAAGAACGGGAACAUCACAAAGGACCUGCUGGACAUCCUGGUAGAGGCCAAGCAGGAGGUGCCCUCCUGGCUGGAGAGUCUAGCCUACGAACACCAGCACAAGAGCAGCAGCAGGGGGCGCUCCAAGAGGUUCUCUGGCGGCUUCGGGGCGCGGGACUACCGCCAGACCAGCGGGGGCGGCAACACCGGGGGCUUCGGUGGGCGUGGGGGGCGUAACCCUGGAGGACACGGAGGGAACCGGGGGUUCGGCGGGGGCGGGUUUGGAAACUUCUACAGCGACGGCUAUGGAGGAAACUAUACCCACUCUCAGGUGGACUGGUGGGGCAACUGAACACCCUCACCCCCGGUCUCCUCUACCCCCUCACCCCCCCCUCCCUGGUCUCCUAUACCACCCCCCCUCCCACCCCCACGAUCGCAGUGGGUUGCACCACGCCAAACUCACUGAGACAGGAACCACAUGUGUAAACUAAGCCAGACUAUAUAAACCCCUGUGUAGCUUCUAACCAGACUCUGCAGUACAUUACCAGCUGUGAUUCUCUGACCACUUUUCCAAACAUGGAGCCGAGAGGAGAGACAAGUUGUUGGGAGACGAGAGCCAGGGUCACGGAGCCAAUCCCAGAGGCCCGGCUCAGGAAUCAUGGGAUGGUUGUUGGUGACGACGAUAACUAAUGUAGAAUCUUGGGACUUGUAGAUUUGUGUUGUUUUUUUUUUCUCUCUUCAACUGCAUUUUCUUUCUUUGUAACAGAAAAAAAUAUAUUGAGGAUCAUUUGUUUGUUAAUGUACUGUGCCUUUAACAAUUAGAUCGUUUACGCUUUGAUUUCUUUUUAAACUUUAUAGGCCGAAACCUGGCCAAACAGGAACUAAAUUGUUUUGUUAACAUUGUUAUGUUAAUUUUAUUUGGAAGGAAAACAAAAUAAGCUUGAGCUAAAUCAAACCUUGGCAAACACUGAGACGACAUGACUACUGGUUCAUGUGUCCAUUUGAGCCUCAAAUUUGUCGCAGGAACACGGAUGGAUGGAAACAUCCCAGUUUUAGCCACAAGAUUUCCACUACAGACUUUCAAAACCCUUGUGGCAAAAGCACUUUUCAAGGGAAAAUAGUUAAUGUUCUCGCUCACUCUAUCCUGGAGAGGAAUAUGGUAGUCUUCACUAAAUGAGCCAUUCCAGUUCAACAAUUGUGAAAAUUUUAAAAUGAAGCAUUUGAAAAUGAAACGUCCAACCGCACAAUGUACUUGGACUGUUCAGUGGUUACGUUAAAUGACCCACUUGUAAAUAAACUUGUUGUAGUGGCAGCUAGGAGAAGGGCCUUGCAGGUUGGACAGUGGGUGAAAUAGGCAUUUGAUUGAUUUGUUUUUUACUUGAAACAUUUUUGAAGGAUUGGAAUUGACAAGCAUGGAAAUUGAAGGCCAACCGUCUUUCAGUAUUUACAAAACUGAACUGAAAAAUCUUAGCAAAUUAAUCAACGCUUGCCAUAUUGAAAGUGAAGUUUGAAUGGUUGCCAUUGGACCACACAGACCCUGUGCAGCUUUGCUUGUUGUCAGGACAGACAUGCAAGUGUUGUUGUUUUUUGGUCAAGGAGUUUAAAAGCAAACAAAUUCUGCAGCAGGCUUUUAUUUGUUACAAAAGUUCUCCACUCUUUUGUUUUUUGUUCAAUUUUCUAGUUUAUUUUAAUUUUUUUCAAGCUGCGUUUGAAUCCGAAAGACAUUCUCGGGUCAACUGUGUCGAGAUACAAGCUCUUCCACAUAGAGUCCAGGGAGGUGGUCAGGGGCCCAGGCAGGCAGUCAGGGUCAGCGAGAGUCGUUCAUGUACAGAGCUAACUGGAGAACUGCACCCGUAGCAAGGGGGUUGAUGGGUAGUACAGUUUUGCUUUCCAGUGCACCGCUGGAGAAGAAUGCAGUGUUCCCUGGCUGGUGCAUCUAUCCCAUGUGACUGGGCGCUCAUAUUUUCCUACACAAAAUCAAUGCAGCUAUUCUUCCCUUGAGGGAUGGGUCGUAUAGGUGCAUUUUGUAAAAUCACUGGCCAGCCUGUCUCACUGGCAUACAGGCUUUCUCCAUGUGGAGGAUUGGCCGAACAUUUGCAGGAAAUGGCAUUUAACUUUAAAGUGCAAUAGAUGCAUAUAUAUUCUCAAAGUGUGUCGUGCCUUGACAUUUGAAUAAGAUAACAUUGACUUGGUGGUCAUGGAACAGAUGCACUGACAGUGUUGUGAUAACUUAAGAUUGAUUGGUGCUACUUAAGUUAGGUCUAGGCCCCUUUGUGAUGUUCGCCCAUCAAGUUUUACAGAAAGUUCUUUUAUUGCACAUUUAGAGUUUUAUAUAAAUGUUGUGUUGAGUACGUGUCCUUGUUGAAGCUUCAGAAGUGUGUGUGAGGUUAUGAGAAACGCAGCUUGUUUCAGAAAGGGGAAAGUGUUAUCACUAUUUAAACCAGGAUUUAUUUGGGACCAGGGGUUAGUACAGUAGCAGUCUUGGAAUUUAGCUAUUUGCACACAGUACUAGAUUCUACUUUCGCUGCUAGUUUGUGUAAUUUAUUAAGCAUUUUCGAGAAAUAUUUAUUUUUAUAAGCCUAAAACGUGAUAGUUUAAGAAACUUGACCAAAAGACAGUACAAAAACACUGGCACUUGAAUGUUGAAUGUCACCGGUAUGCGUGGAAAUUUAUAUUUUUCGGGGUAGUGUGAGCUUUUUAAUGUCAAAGUCAUAUUGGACUCAUAUCAAAACACCUGUUACUACACCUUCUGCUGCAGGCCUCAUAGCAGCUACAUCUAAUCAGCCGUUAUCAUGUAAUUGGCAAUCAAAAUUUGAAACAACCAACCAAUGCCAAGGUUUGGAUAAAAAUGAUCAAAACCAUUUUCUAAAAAAAACAUGUACUAGUGCAAAUAAGUGUCCAGAUUCUCUCCAAUUCAAUUUAGUUUAUUUUGUUUCUGAGUUUUCUCCCCCCCUCCUCCCCCAGUGAAUGUCUGGCACAUGGCAAUCUGAAAAAAAAAAAAAACAUGUGGUUCUGCUCUAUUGUUGUGUGUAUAUUUGGGCCUUGGUGAGAGUUCUUGAGCGAGUAUUUGGCAAGCCACAGCUGAAGCGAAAUGUCUUUGGUACAAGAAAAGAUGUGAGAGUUUGUGGGCUUUUGGCUGGCAAAACACUUCGUACUCCUCAAGUGUCCCACUAGUUAGUAUUUGCUUUAUGUAGUAUGUAAAAUGUAAUAUUCAGUUUAGAGGCUGUGCACUGCACGAGAACACUUACCUGUGCAUUUAUUGUAUGAUUUUACCAAAAUUAAAAGUUUGGACUUGCAAAUACGUAA